AUAAAUAGGGGGGGGGGGGUUGGGUGUGUGCCAUAUGCAAAGAAUCACAAAAAAGCUUAGGAAGAAAGGCACACAAUCACUCUUUUAUUCCCCUCCCAUUUCUUGGUUUUGUUCAAACCAAAAGGGAAAGAAAGAAAGAGACAAAGAGAGAAAGAAAGAGAGAAAGAUACUUAAGAAUGUUGAGGUCGAUAACAGGGAUAAGAGGGCCAAGUGGGUUCGGCUCUGCUUCUACUGCAGAGAAAGUCACACACGCCAUUGAUGCCUCUCAUCUCACCGCCAUUGUUACAGGCGGUGGGAGUGGAAUUGGGCUGGAGACGGUGAGGGUGUUAACACUGAGGAAGGCCCAUGUCAUCAUAGCGGCCCGAAACACAGAGGCCGCAAAAGAGGCCAAAGCCCACGUUUUGAAAGACAACCCAACGGCCCGAGUUGAUGUCAUGAAACUUGACCUCUCCUCCUUGAGAUCCAUAAAGGCUUUUGCUGAUGACUUCAAAGCCCUUUCUCUCCCUCUCAACAUCUUGAUAAACAAUGCAGGCAUCAUGUUCACCCCAUUUGAGCUUUCCCAAGAUGGGCAUGAGAUGCAAUUUGCAACCAACCAUCUUGGUCAUUUUUACUUGACAAACCUUCUCCUGGACACAAUGAAGGAAACUGCAAAGACUUCUGGCAUCGAGGGCAGAAUUGUCAAUCUGUCGUCAAUAGCCCACCGCUACCCUUACAGAAAAGGAAUAAAGUUCGACCACAUCAAUGAUAAGAAAAGUUAUAAUGACAAAAUGGCCUAUGGACAGUCCAAGCUGGCAAAUAUAUUGCAUGCCAAUGAGUUGUCUCGACGUCUACGGGAAGAGGGAGCAAAUAUAAGUGUGAAUUCAGUGCACCCAGGGGUGAUAAUGACCAAUCUUAUGAGACACUCAACCCUUUUGAUGAAUAUUUUGAGGAUUUUCACUUGUGUGAUUUGGAAGAAUGUCCCCCAGGGCGCGGCUACAACUUGUUAUGUGGCUCUUCACCCCGAUCUGAAAGGCGUGUCGGGAAAGUACUUUGUUGAUUGCAACGAGUGCAAGCCAUCAAAGCUGGCUAGAAAGGAAGCUUUGGGCAAAAAGCUUUGGGAUUUCAGCAAUCAAUUGAUCAAGGAAUCUCAGAACAUGUGAAAUUCUAGUUGUGUUUUUAUUGUUUACUCUAUUGUCUAUUUAUAAGUCUUAGUGGGUAUGCAA